UCUCUUAAUAAUCUCAGUCCAUCCUUUUCAAGCCACAAUGAAGUACCUGUUGUGGUUAGCAUUUCUGUAUGUUUUCUGUCUGUACGGUUGCUGGAGCGGGGAGGUAAAUGGACAGGAGGACUUCAUGCUGGUUGGAGGGCCUCUGAGGGUCUCAGACAUAGCGGUGAAUAAUGCCUUUGACUGCAGUUAUCCCAUUCCUCCAGGCUCUAAAGAGUACUUUGAGUACCUCCAGAGCAGAGGUGUGACCCACUUCAAAGUGCCUCUGUCAUGGACUCAGCUCCUACCCACAGGCCUGUCCAGUCAGCCUCAGCAGGCUGUGGUCACCUGCUACCAGACUCUGCUCAAACAGCUGCUGGACGUGGGCCUGCAGCCUCUGGUCGUCCUUCAUGGAUCCGCAGUGCCAGAAGCUCUGAGAUCAAAGUAUGGAGGCUGGGAGAGCCAGGAGCUGGUGGAGAUGUUUCAGCAGUAUGCAGAGUUCGCCUUCCAGGAGUUUGGAGCUCUGGCAAACUCAUGGGUGACUCUGGGUGAUGUACAUACUGAUGGACCAGGUGAAGAUGUUCAAGAUUCUCUGCAAAAUAUCCUUCAACUCAACAAGAACAUUUACCAGCUCUUCCACCAAAUGUUCCCUGAAAUAAGGCGGCGUCUGUCACUCGGGUUGAGAGCAAGUGAAGUUUCUAUUCUAUCGCAGAUUGAAGGUUCAACUACAAUGGAUUUCUUGUCAGUUCAUAUUGAAUACAACUGUGCUUCUGCAUCAAACUUUGCAAAGGAGCUGAGCAACUUACAGAUGUCCAGUGGGGGUUUGCCUAUCCUGAUACUCAAGAUGACUGUUGACGGUUGUUCCCUCGAUCAGUUCCAGCUUCUUGGCGACUUUUUAAACGCCUUGAACACAGACAUGAACAUUAUGGGAUGUGACAUAAUGGAUAUGUUGGGUGGGCUGGACCUGUUGGACUUCCCAACCAGUCCCCAUAUUUCCGACUACAGUGGAAUUACAAAGACAUAUCAGAGUGUAUGGAACAAGUUUAAGGCCCAGGCUCCAGCCGAGCGAGAUCUUUUCCUCAAUGAAUCAUUCCCUUCUGGCUUUCAGUGGGCGGUCUCCACUGAGUCUUUCAAAGUUGAAGGUGGCUGGUCUGAAGAUGGAAAAGGAGAGACCAUUUGGGACCGUUGGGGUCAUGAAAACAAAGUUUCUUAUAAUCAUACAGCUGAUCUAGCCUGUGACAGUUAUAAUAAGGUUGACUAUGAUGUCUACCUCCUGCGAGGUCUUAAUGUCAACACCUACCAGUUUUCCAUCUCCUGGGCCCGUAUUUUCCCAUCAGGCCAACAGGGAAGCCAAUCAGAGAAAGGGGCUCUUUACUAUGACAAACUGAUAAAUGCUCUGAUUGAGUCUGGGAUCCAACCUGUUGUUACUCUCUAUCACUGGGAUCUGCCCCAGGCACUCCAGGACUAUGGUGGGUGGACAAAUGCAUCCAUUGUUGAAGCCUUCAAGGACUACGCUGACUUCUGUUUCUCCAGGUUUGGAGACAGGGUCAAGACAUGGAAUACAUUCAGUAGUCCUUGGGUAGUGAGCCAUGCUGGGUAUGGCACUGGUGAACAUCCUCCUGGAGUGACAGACUAUGUGGUUGCCUCCUAUCAGGUCACACACAAUAUACUCAAGUCCCAUGCAGAGGCCUGGCAUGUCUACAAUGACAGAUACAGGAAGACACAAGGGGGGGAAGUAGGCAUUGCAUUGAACUCCGACUGGGCUGAGCCCAAGGACCCUUCCAGGGCUGAAGAUAUAGCAGCUGCAGAUCGUUACCUGCAGUUCAUGCUGGGCUGGUUUGCACAUCCCAUAUUUGUGAAUGGAGAUUAUCCUGAAACACUCAAGACUCAGAUUGAGCAGAAAAGAAACAAGUGCCCUCUUUCUGAGCCUGCAAGGCUUCCAGUUUUCACAGCUGAAGAGAGCAAGAGGAUUCAUGGAACAGCUGACUUUUUUGGAUUGAAUCACUAUACGUCACAGUUGAUCAACAACACUGAUGGUGGCUGUAUCCCUGGUCCUCAUGGUGUGGGUGACUUCCAGCAAUCUAUGGACCCAUGGGAUUCAGCAGCCUUAAGAAAGCUUCUGAACUAUAUUUCCACAGAGUACUUAAAUGUCAGUAAAGUGCCUAUUUACAUAACUGGGUAUGGAGUUCUGACUGAGUACAAUUGGCAAACUCUCAAUGACACUGAUCGAGUAGAGGAAAUGAAGAGUCACAUCAGCGAGGCCCUGAAAGCAAUACUCUUGGAUGGAGUGAAUGUGCAACGGUUCACAGUACAGUCCCUAAUGGAUGGAUUUGAGGAUACUCUAGGCUACACCUUAAGAUCUGGACUACACUAUGUAAACUUUGAUGAUGCUGACAGACCAAGAACCCCAAAGCAGUCUGCAUAUUUCUAUGCCCAGGUUAUCAAGCAAAAUGGAUUUGGUUCACAUAAUAGUGACAGUUUCAAAGAGGCAUUGAUACAAUAUACUCGCAAUCCAACUGUUUUAUCACCCUCAGAAGUUCCAUCUAAAUCGAAGGUUGUCUGGGAGAAAUUUUCCAGCCAGACAAGAUUUAAGACAAAAAUGUACCGCUACGGCACUUUUCCUGAUGGCUUCAGUUGGGGAGUGUCAUCUUCGGCUUACCAGAUUGAAGGUGCAUGGAAUGCUGAUGGGAAAGGGCCCAGUGUCUGGGAUACGUUUACCAAUGAAACCAGCAGUAUUCCUGGUAAUGCCGAUGGAGAUGUGGCCUGUGACAGCUACAACAGACUUGACGAAGACCUCUACAUGUUACGAGCUCUGAGGGUAAAGUCAUACAGAUUCUCUUUGUCCUGGUCCAGGAUCUUUCCUGAUGGUCGUCGUACCUCCCUGAACCAGAAAGGUGUUGACUACUACAAUAGACUGAUAGAUGAGCUUUUAGCAUAUAACAUCACUCCAAUGGUGACACUCUAUCACUGGGACCUUCCUCAAGCUCUUCAAAAACUCAGUGGCUGGGAGAAUGAAGACAUGAUUAACAUUUUUAAUGAGUUUUGUGACUUUUGCUUUGCCACCUUUGGUGACAGAGUGAAGUUUUGGAUGACCUUUAACCAGCCUCACACAAUUGCAUGGUCAGGAUAUGGACUCGGAAAGAUCCCACCAAAUGUUAAGAAUCCAGGAACUGCUCCCUACAGAGUUGCACACAACCUUGUCAAAGCCCACGCCAAGGCUUACCACACAUAUGAUGAUAAGUAUCGCAAAUCCCAAGGUGGUCAAGUAUCCAUUGCCCUUAACGCUGACUGGGUUGAACCUAAAGAUGUUAAUGUUCCACGUGAAGUGGUGGCUGCUGAUCGUGCUCUGCAGUUCCAACUGGGUUGGUUUGCACAUCCUAUUUUCAAGAACGGUGAUUAUCCUGAUGCAAUGAAGUGGCAAGUUGGAAACAAAAGUGAACUUCAAGGUCUCUCAGAGACAAGACUACCUGCCUUCACUGAAGAAGAAAAGCGCUUCAUCAAGGGAACUGCUGACAUGUUCUGUGUUAAUCACUACACCACAAAAAUUGUAGGCCAUGCUACAUUGAGGCUUAGCCCUGAAUCUUAUGAAUAUGAUCGAGAUUUGACAGAAGAAGAGGAAGGUGAAUCACCCACCACUGCCAUUAGUAAACAGAGAGCUGUAGCAUGGGGCUUGAGAAGACUUCUAAACUGGGUCAAAGAAGAAUACGGACAUCCAGAGAUUUACAUCACUGAGAAUGGAGUUGCUACAGAAACAAAGAUAACUUGGGAUGACACUGCCAGAGUAUUUUUUUACAAGACCUACAUUGAUGAGGCUUUGAAAGCCUAUGACCUUGAUGGUGUUAAGGUGAAAGGAUAUAUAGCAACCUCUCUCAUGGAUUCCUUUGAGUGGCUCAAUGGAUACAAAGUUGGAUUUGGUUUACAUCAUGUGGAUUUCACUAGCCCACACCGACCAAGAACCCCCAAGUACUCGGCUCAUUUCUACCACCAAGUAAUAAAGAACAACGGUUUCCCCAAAUCUGAUGACGAGAAGACACUUUAUGGACAUUUCCGUGAAGGUUUUAUAUGGAGUACUGCGACAGCAUCAUAUCAGAUAGAAGGGGGAUGGAGAGCAGAUGGAAAAGGUCUCAGCAUCUGGGACAAGUUUGCUCACACUCCUCUGCGAGUGUUCAAUGAUGACAAUGGGGACAUUGCUUGUGACAGUUACCAUAAAGUAGAAGAGGAUGUUGCAAUGUUGAAGCAGCUUAAGGUGACCCAUUAUCGUUUCUCCAUAUCCUGGUCAAGGGUUCUCCCUGAUGGCACCACCAAACACAUCAAUGAGGCUGGACUAAACUAUUACCACAGACUGGUGGAUGCACUGCUCGCUGCAAACAUCCAACCACAUAUCACCCUUUACCACUGGGACCUUCCUCAAGCUCUGCAGGACAUUAAGGGCUGGGAGAAUGACACUAUUGUUUUCAAAUUCAGGGAUUAUGCUGACCUCAUCUUUAGCCGUCUUGGCCACAAAGUAAAGUUUUGGAUCACCAUUAAUGAGCCGUACAAUAUAGCCAAUAUAGGCCAUGGCUAUGGAGCAGCUGCCCCAGGGAUUAGUUUUCGACCAGGUACGUUGCCCUAUAUUGUGGGACACAACCUGCUCAAAGCUCAUGCUGAGGCCUGGCAUCUCUACAAUGACAAGUACCGGGCCACACAGAAAGGAAUUAUCUCAAUCACAAUUAACUCUGAUUGGUCAGAGCCCAGGAAUCCCUAUAAACAGGAGGACAUUGAUGCAGCAAGACGUGUGGUGCAGUUUUACAUUGGUUGGUUUGCUCAUCCGGUGUUUAAUGGAGACUACAGCGACAUGAUGAAAACAAUCAUUCGAGACAGAAGCUUGGCUGCUGGUCUGCCAAAAUCUCGGCUACCUGAGUUCACUCCUGAGGAGAUAAAGAGGAUAAAGGGUACCUAUGAUUAUUUUGGGUUCAACCAUUACACCACUGUGCUGGCAUUCCCUGUGGCCUAUGGUGACCUUCAACACUAUGACGCUGAUAGGGGUGCAGGAACAAUUGCAGAUCGUACGUGGCUGGAUUCAGGUUCAUCUUGGCUGAAGGUCUCACCUUUUGGUUUCCGAAAGAUAUUAAACUUCAUUAAGGAGGAGUAUGGAAAUCCUCCUAUUAUCAUCACAGAAAACGGCAUGUCAGAGCGUGGACCUAUUGACCUAGAUGAUUUUCAUAGGAGCUACUACUAUGAAGAGUACAUCAACCAGGUACUAAAAGCGUACCAAAUAGAUAAUGUGGAUAUCCGUGGAUACACAGCUUGGUCCUUGAUGGACAACCUUGAGUGGGCCACUGGCUUUUCUGAGAGAUUUGGCCUUUUCUACGUCAAUCAUUCAGACCCUAAUCUGCCUCGAGUGGCCAAGAAGUCUGUUGCACGCUACGCCACCAUCAUAAAAUGCAAUGGAUUCCCGAUGGGACCCCACGAGUGUUUGAACCCAGAGCCUGAAGCAACAAUUGCACCGGUCAAGCCUCAACCCAACAACGGCACAGUGAGCUUCCUGGGAUUGAGGCUCUCUGUCAGCGAUGCUGAAGCAGGACUUAACACCACAUUUGCUCUCCUGGUAGUUGCCGCAUUGGGAGCUAUUUGUUCAACCUUUUGCUUCUUUAAGGCAAAAAAAACAGUCUUAAAGAAGACAGUCUAUACAGAACAGCCUUAA